GGGUCAAGUUUUUCCCCUGGUCCGAAGAAACCAUUGUUUGGAACGAUAGGAAUUGAGAGGUCUUCUUCAACCAUCCCAGCCCACUUACCUCUUCUCUCUCGUUCUCCUCCGGCAAAAUGGCACUGGCCCAAGUUUCUUCCUCUCUCUACACUUCCACCCACUAUUUUGGCGUAUGCAGCUCAUCUGGAGCCCCUGCCAUAUCUAUAGUUUCGCUUUCGAAUCUUUCUCGAAUUGGGACCACCUUUGCCACUGGGUCUCCGCUAUUGAUACAAACAACGAGUCGUCAUAGGAAACUUGCAGGGAAAGCAUCAGUUUCCAUUAGAUGUGAGCAGAGUACCAAGGAGGGCAAUAGUUUGGAUGUAUGGCUUGGCCGACUAGCAAUGGUUGGUUUUGCAGUGGCCAUCACUAUCGAAAUAGCAACAGGAAAAGGACUUCUGGAGAAUUUUGGGCUCACGGCCCCCUUGCCAACAGUGGCCUUGGCAGUUACAGCACUGGUGGGCGUUCUGACAGCAAUUUUUAUCUUCCAGUCUGCCUCUAAAAGUUGAUUACCCUUGAUGUUGCUGCUUGGUGUUGAUAAACGUUAUGAUUUCUCAAAAAUGCUCUUUGCUAUGUUUUUAUUCUGUAAUGAAAUUAUGUCUUAUUGACAACAUGAAAGACAUCGUUUGAGAAGUACAUAUAUUUGAGACAUUACCAUGUAACAGCAAACCUUUUGCGUUUACUUUUAGUUGAAGUUCACUAUUCAAAAUCAUCCCUAAAUUGUAUAGAAUAACAACGGGUAAUGCUAUGCUUACUAAAUUUUUU